AUGAGCGGUCCGCAUAUGCCGGUACAAUUUCAGAUGGGCGACUUCGGUCCCCACAUGGAUAUUCGGGUCGGCCGUCUGAUGGAGGGAUUAAAAGAACCAGUUGCGGAUGUGAACGGAAACGAGCGAGUCAGCCCCGUGUUCAUCUAUGGUCAUAUCCGCAUUCAUCUGGGCAGGAUCAAACUGAAGCAUGUUGCCCAGGGCCCUAGUCAUAUUAGGAAACUAUUUGGCGAUGAAGGAGUCCUGCAAUCCGCCACUCCGGCGAUUUCGCACGAGGCUUGGCGUAUAAUGGUUCGCCGCGCUGUAAGCGGACUGGCCAUGAGUUCCAAAAAUCGACGUUUUGGACGAAAGCAUUAUGAAAAAGUCCACCGCCUCAUCUUCACCGAAGAGCUCAUCAAGGUUGCAAGUUCCGGCCACCUUCAAUGCUCGCACCGCUUCGAAGUCGUUUCAGAGUGUGUCGACGAAGGGACGGUCCCGAAGUACCAUGGCACCAUUGACGAUACCUCUAAUGGACGGUAG